AUGUCCUGUGUUAAUGGUGAAACUGGUGGGCACUCUAUGUAUAACCUCUGUGGUCAGGAUCAAAGCUCCAGCUCCCAGUUAGGUCAUCUGAAUGGUCAUAGGAAGUCUUCAGGAUUGUUGGAAGUCACAGGGAACUUAAACAAUAAGCAAUAUUCUUCAGUGGCACUAGCUCCAGAUACCAUGGUGAAUAAUGGAUCAGGAAUUCCCCCCAACUCUGAGCAAGACACAAAGGAUUCAGCAUUCCAGCUCAGCAACCAACCUAUGACAGGAAGUGAAAUCCGUAGGACCUACACUACCAAGUGCUUCUAUGGCCCUUAUUUAACCAAAACUAGCAUGCAGGGAGAUGUCUACAACUUCCUGGAGAGGCCUAGUGGAUGGAAGUGUUUUAUUUACCAUUUUACUGUAUUUCUACUGGUGCUGAUUUGUUUAAUUUUCAGUGUACUCUCUACUAUAGAACAUUAUUCAGAAUUCGCCACGGGGACCCUUUUCUGGAUGGAAAUUGUUUUGGUGGUGUUUUUUGGUGCUGAAUAUUUGGUGCGGCUAUGGUCUGCUGGUUGCAGAAGUAAAUAUGUUGGCUUUAAGGGAAGACUACGUUUUGCCAGAAAGCCUAUAUCAAUUAUUGAUCUUAUUGUUGUGAUAGCCUCAAUUAUUGUUCUGAGUGUAGGAUCAAAUGGGCAGGUGUUCGCCACAUCUGCCAUAAGGGGAAUCCGGUUUCUCCAGAUACUUCGCAUGCUUCAUGUAGAUCGGCAGGGUGGCACUUGGAGACUCUUAGGAUCAGUUGUUUUCAUACAUCGUCAGGAACUCAUAACCACUCUGUACAUUGGAUUCUUGGGACUGAUCUUCUCAUCCUAUUUUGUCUAUCUUGCUGAGAAGGAUGCAGUGGAUGAAGAUGGAAGAACAGGUUUCUCCAGCUAUGCUGAUGCCCUGUGGUGGGGUGUGGUAACGGUCACAACAAUUGGUUAUGGAGACAAAGUACCACAGACAUGGAUUGGGAAGACAAUAGCCUCCUGUUUCUCAGUAUUUGCUAUAUCUUUCUUUGCUCUUCCAGCGGGGAUUCUGGGUUCUGGUUUUGCCUUGAAGGUACAACAGAAACAACGUCAGAAGCAUUUCAACAGGCAGAUCCCAGCUGCAGCUUCUCUAAUUCAGACUCUAUGGCGGUGCUAUGCAGCAGAGAAAUCAUACAGUUCUACAGCAACAUGGAAGAUCUAUGUUACAUCGCCUGCUCAAAAUACAAAAAAAACACCAGCGCCAUCUAGCCCUAAUUCCAUUUUAGUACUAUACAAAAGAAAAGGAAAACCUGGGCGUGAUAAUGGCGCGGCACCAAUAAUAAAUCCUGGAGAGACUGCCUUAUCCAUUCCACAAAUUACUUACGAUCACAUUGAUGAAAGAGAAGACAAAAAAGACAUGUUUAACAUAAAUCUAUAUAAUUCCACAUCUUCCACAGGUGGGCAAAAAUGGCUCAGUCGACAGCUUUCCUGGUCAUCUUUAUCCAUCUGUGCUGCAAGCUGUCCCCCAUCACCAGUUAAAUUAUUUCCCAGUUUUCUGGAGACGACCUCUAUGCCUUUUAUUAAAACAGAAGUCUUUACAGAUGAAAGGCUUGAAGGUUUAUCCUCUCUGCUACCUAUUAGACAUCUAAAUCAGUUAACUGAAGCACACCGAAUAGCUGUCAAAGUCAUAAGGAGAAUGCAAUAUUUUGUGGCCAGAAGAAAAUUUCAGCAAGCUCGAAAACCAUAUGAUGUACGUGAUGUAAUUGAACAAUACUCUCAAGGACACCUUAAUAUGAUGGUUCGCAUAAAAGAACUUCAAAGAAGACUGGAUCAUUCCUUAGGGAAGCCUGGCCUUUUUCUUCCAGAAAAAGGGGUAGACAAAGGAUACUAUACUGUAGGAGCCAGACUGAUCCGGUUAGAGGAUAAGAACAAUGAAGGGAAUAAAAACAUAUGA